GUUCCUUCCAAUCCGGCCUGAAGUGCUCGAGGAGGCGCUCGAGGUCGGCAUGCUCACCGGCGACGCUGGGUCCCUCCAUUCUCCUGGUUCCCUCACCGUCGCCAACAUGAGCCUCUCCACCCUCUCCCGCGCGAUCGUCCAGGUCUAGCCCCUUCUGGUUGUGAGUGGAUCCAAGAGUUCACAUGAUGCAGUAUCUUUUUGAAAGAUGAUACAUUAUCUUCAUAAAAGAAAGGAAGUUGGAGAAGUUAUUACUGAAGAGGAAUUCAGUGGUAUGUGCUUCUCAAGAGCUAAACUGGAACAAGAAGUGCAUGACUCUCAUGCCUACACUAACUAAUCAGACUUCCCGAAGGAGAAGAAGGAGGUGCGGAAAGAGGAUGGGAGCAACAAAUCUGAAUCAAAGAGGGUGAGAAUUACUUAUCGAUGACUCGGGCAUCAACUCUUGAUUUUCGGCGGAAGACACAGGGUCAGAACAACUGGUCUGGGCCGUUGCGCCCAGUAAAUGCCAUCAAAAAUAAAUUCCCUACCUACAAGAAUGGUACGAAUGGGAUAGUCAUCAAAUUUGCCGAUGAGCCAGAAACGCCAUGACUUAUGGAGUCUGUUGCCAAAGAGACAGCAGAUCUGCUUGAUCGGCGUCAGCGUCUUUCAGUCCGCGAGCUCGCAAUGAAAUUUGAGAAGGGCCUCAGUACUGCCACAUUAUUAUCUAACGAGGUUAAAUGUAAACAAGUGGCUUUAUUGGAGCGAGACAUCCUUCUGAAGAAUCUAAAGAGUGUAUUGGAGUCACUGAGAGGUCAAGUAGCUGGCAAAUAUAAGGAUGAAAUUGAGGAAUCGGUAUCUAUGGUGGAUAUUUUAGCAGUUCAGCUGUCCAAAACAGAAAAUGAGUUGCUUCAGCAGAAAACCAAGGUCACGAGAAUAGCGACUUCACUAAAACUGGCUUCUGAAGACGCUAGGAGAUUGUUGACGAAGAACGAACUAAUGCACACAUGGAGAUUGAAAAUGCUAGAGCUGCUGUACAAAGAGUUCAAAAAGUACUUAAAGAGAAAGAGAACAGUUCACAAAGAAUUAGAAAGCAGUUGCAGCCCACCUAAUAGGACUGCUUGAUUCCGUCGAGUAUGGAAAAAGUGAAAGGUAUUUUACGGUCUCUUUUCCGUUCUUCUUCUGUUACUUGCAUAUUUUCUGUGGUAUCAUUCAAGUCAUCUACUGAUGUCUUCCUUGGGUUUCUCUCAAAAGUGAAAGGUAAAAACAACAUGAUAGCAAACGAGUAUGGAAAAAGCACAAUCAUUUUACCUUCUAUAUUUUUAUCUGCAAUUACAUCAGACGUGCCCGUAGCUUUAGGAGGAUAUGUUGAUUCAUUAUGCGAGAUUGAUGUAUCAACCGAGCUAGCUGGUCAUCUAAUAUAACAUGCUUGGUUAGUAUUUAUUAAAAUGGCUGAACCAUGAAUGCUAGGAUGUAA